CCCAGAGGCAGAACCAAAGGAUGAAGAUGAAGAGGGGGCACAGACUGGUCAUCCCAGAAAUCCGGCCCAUGUUGCCCCGUGUCCUGGGGGACCCAUGUUGCACCAUUUUCUGGGGGACCCUCUGAGGGAAGAGCCCAAUGAGGCAACCUUGGUGCCAGGACCACUUCCAGGACCUCACAUCAACAAUGGUAUUCUGGGAGAAGAGCUCAACGAGGCAACCUCAGUGCCAGGAUCCCUUUCAGGACCUCUCAUUUCCACUGAUAUUCUGGAGGAAACGCUCAAAGAGGAAACCUCGAUGCCAGGAUCCCUUCUAGGACCUCACAUCACCAAUGACAUUCUGGGGGAAGAGGUCAAUGAGGAAACCUCAGUGCCAGGUCCUUCCAUCCCCACUGGCACUCCAAAGGAAGAAGCUUUUGUGUCAGAGCCCUUACCAGAGCCUUCCAUUGCUGACAAUGAUCUUGAGCAAGAAGUAGAAACCCUCACAGGAUUACAGAAUGACUAUGUCCAGCGGCAAAUGAGGGUUCGCCGCAUUUCCCAGCAGUUCCCUCGUUCUCUCUGGGCCAUCAACCUGCAAAUCGUACACACAUGGACAAGGCUCAUCCGCAGUGAAGUUCGGCUGCAGCGGUGGGGAAGGGAAGGUGACCAAGCUCUGAUGCCUGUAAUUCAAAUAGCUUCUCAUGAUGAUCCUGCAGGCCCUGCUGCAUGUCUCCGCCCCCCUGGGUCCGGUUCAUCAUUAUCUUCUGCCUCGCUGGAAGUUGGCUCCAUCCCACCCUCCACCUCUACAUCUUCUUUCCUCCUGCAUCCCUCUCCCCCUCCUCCUCCUUCCCCACCUUCUCUAGAGCCGGACCUCAGCAAUGUAAAAGAAACUGCAGAGUUUGAUGGAUUUGCAGUUCCAUCAGUUGAAUGACCUUAAGUUUCACAGAGGCAGCACCCCUUUUCCAUCCUCGUUGUUUUACAAUCUAAAACACUUAUAGUCUAAAAACAGAGAUGGGCAAGCAAUAGAGGAAGGAGAGGGAAGUUGAGGUGGGACAAGCGGGGGAACGAUGUGUAUGUAUUUCAGCUGCACCUCCGUAGGAUCAGGGAGACACAGGUUGGAAUUCUCAUCCAGCCAUGAACCUCGCUGGGUGACUUUGGGCUAGUCACUUGUCCCGUAGUCUAACUUAACUCUUAGGGUUGUUAGGAGGAAAAAAUAACCAUGUAUACCUCCCUGAGCUGCUUGAGGAAGAGCAGAAUGUGAAUACUAAAUUCAUGAAUGCUGAUAAUAUGAAUGCUAAUAUCAGCCCUUUUGAAUUCAAGCUGGGCUGAAACAGGAAACCAAGGAGGAUGACAUACAAUUGUGCUUAUCACAAUCCUCCUUAUAGCAUCGUCAAUGUACAUGGGCAAAAGUUCCCAGCCACCAGGAGCAUACAGUCUAAAAGUCUGGCUUUGGAGAGAGAAGUGAGGAAGAGGAGGAAAGCAUAAGGGGCAUUCAGUUCAAGCUGAUGGAGCUGCCUCUGCUGAGGCAUUAAGCCAAAAGCUGCACAGAGGAGGUGGGUUGCAUUGGAAGUAUAGGAGAGAGAUGUGGGCCCACAUGAGUGGCGGUUCCAGACCCAAGGGUCAGCGAGGGAGAAGAAAAAGAGUAGUUCUAGAGAGCAGGAGACCUCCAGGUGGUUGAAGACAGAAGCUGGAGCAGCAAAAGCCAACCUGACGGGGUGCAAGUUGGGGGAGGGGAGAGGAUCAGUGCAGAGGGACAGGGUGGGGCAUAGCCAUGGUGGGUUUUCAAGGUAGAGAUGAGAAGUCUGUUCUGGGCAUGGAAAGGGACUAGAAGUCAGUGCAGGGACUGGUAUUGUGGAGGACAGGCUCCUUGACCCUGUUUGUUUUCUUUCCUUCAAGGCCAAAGAGACCUCCGCAGCUGCCAGGAAUGUGUGCAAAACCUCAAGGCACUGAGGGGACAGCUCCGGUAGAGAUGUGCACGGUCCGGACCAGUCCGGACCGGCACCGAAG